UCCCGUUUAUUAUCGGCAGAGGUCGCAUGGCAGAGGGAAGUCCAACCACUUCUGUACUGGAACCAAUGCAAGAAUAUGCACCUCCAUAACAAAGCCUGUGUGGAGUCCUGAGAGCAGUGAGAAAACAGAGGUUGCACAUGUAGGCUAUGGGCUGCUGUUCAGCCGUAGACAAUAAUCUAAAAAGAGAGGACCUAAGUUGGAGCUUUGCUUUAAUUUGUUCUGGAACAACGGGAUAGUUUUGCCAACACGUGUGUAUCUAUGAAAUUUGUUCUCUCCGUUUUGAGUGAGUGAGUGUUUCGCAUCCUGGUACGGGGCUCUGGAGAGGACUGCGCAUCACCAGAGUUGGUGCCGAAGUUCGUCCGCGAACGGAUGUGAGGGAAGAGUGCACAGAGUAAAACUCCCCCACUUCUUUUUUGUCUCUCCUGCUUCGGCGUUGUGUUUGCGGAGACAAUAGUGAGUCAAAGACGCUGAAAGUGAUUUCAUGCCUUCAGUCUCGUACAACCUGAGAUGGACGUGAGAUUUUACCCUGCGCCCCCGGCAAAUGUGGGUUCAUGCUCCCUACCGACUGAUCCAAGUUGUCUGAGCUCGUUGGACUAUUACCACACGAACAAGGCCCGGUACAGUGUGGGUGAACGAGGGGUUAGGCUCCACACUGCCCACCCUCCAGGCAUCAAUCCAGCUAGGAAAAGACUGCCCACUGCUGUGUUUGAUGGUGACAACAUGUACAUGAAUGACAAUAACCAAGAAUUCCGGUCACUAAACCAGAACUACUCCGGUCAGGGUAGAGGCAGCAGUGGUGGAGGAGCAGGGGAUGAAGACUACGAGAUCCCCCCCAUCACACCCCCCAACCAUGCCGACCCCUCUCUGCUGCACCUCAUGGAGCACGAGUCAGGUUACCCCUUCCACUCUUUGCCUCACAACGGCCUGCUCAACACCUACUCCUACCCUGAGCUGCCUACCCUCAUGAUGUCCAACAUACUGGGUCAGGACACCCACCUCCUUACGGGGCCUAUGCACUCAAUAAGCAGUGAGAAGCGAGCCUCGGCAGAAAUGAUGAAGCCCAAGCCCAAACCUCAAAAGAAGAAGAAGAAGAAGGACCCCAAUGAGCCACAGAAACCUGUGUCGGCCUACGCGCUCUUCUUCAGAGACACCCAGGCGGCCAUCAAGGGCCAAAACCCCAAUGCCACCUUUGGAGAUGUCUCCAAAAUCGUGGCCUCCAUGUGGGACAGCCUAGGAGAGGAACAGAAGCAGGGGUACAAGAGGAAAACCGAGGCGGCUAAGAAAGAGUACCUGAAAGCCUUGGCCGCGUACCGAGCCAGUCUGGUUUCCAAGACAUACAAUGACCCUGAACCAAAAAGUGCCCAGCAGACCAGCCAGCCCUCCCACAUGCUGCCCCCGAAGCAGCCGCUGUACAGCGUGCCCCCCCAGCCCUCCUCACCCUACCUAGGCCCGCCGGGCUCCUUCCCCCUGUCAGACCUCCAGAGCUACGCAGGGCCGCCCCGCCACACCCUGGCCCAGACCCUCAGCCAAUCCCAGAUGCUGCCACCCAGCAUGAGUGCCUCUCCCCCAUCUCCCUUCCAGAUCAGCCCACCUCUGCACCCCCACGCCCAACUCUCCCUGCAUCAGAGCUCCUUGCUCAACCAGCCAAUUCGCAUGCAGCAGUCGCAGCCAAUCAUCUCACACCAAAUGGGGCUUCAGGCGCCUAUGCAUUCCCCUCCUCUCAGCCAACAGGGAUUCUCCCAUAUGCAGGCUGAUUACCAGAACAGUGUCGGGGGCUCACAGUCUCCAGGGGCCCCUAACCCAGUGCACGGCCAGAACCCUGACUGGGACAGCGAGUACUGCAACAGGGACUGUGGACCCAACCACUGCAGCAGUGGCAUGGGAGCUCGGGACAAGCCUCUCUACCUCACUUGAAGUUGAAAGACCUCCAAAUGUCAGACUCCAGGGAGUGUUCCACCAUAACAACAAUGUCAUCGAUGUAUCUGCUUUUACGCCAUUUUGUUUUUCUUUCUUUUUUGUGACGGAUUUCAAAAAUCCCAAAGACUGCUACAGUAACUUCACCUAUUUGCCAAGCACUUAGAUCGGCCAGAAACCUGAGGCACUUCUCUUGCAUUUUUUUUCUUGCUUUUUUCCUGAUCAGCAAACUUUCCAUUUUACUGUGGGGGCAGUGAGCUUUGAGCUUAUGCCAACAUACUGGAAACGAAGACCAAAAAAAAAAAUUGUUUAAAGAUGCUCUCUCUCCUCUUCCCUCCAUUAAUCUGUGUUUGCCAUGGACUGCCCUCAUUGGGGAGAUGAAAUGCUCUAAGCAUACUCAAAACGUAGGGGUCUUGGGGUAGAAACGCUAAUGCAGGAAACUAGAAUAUAGUUACCUCAGCAGGGGUGGAUGUACUUCAGGACAGACUGAAACACUCCAACUGAGGAAAAACAAAGUGAAAUCAUAAUGAAGAUAGUCACAUACACAUAAGACAUUUGCAAAUCAUCCUCGCCCCUAGUAAAGGACUCCUAUUUUCCUUUUUUUCUCACAGAGUGAUUGUAAAUAUCACCAAAAUGGAUCCCUCUUAUCUGUGUAUUUAGCUGCAGUCCCUUGCUUUCUUUUUUUAAAACAUUACUUUUGUUUGGUUUGGUGACUUUCUUGCAGGCAGAUUCAGUGAGGGCAUACACACACUAAAAGUUGUGUGGAAACUGCGUUCACUGGUCUUGUUUCUCUCCAAACGAGAGAGAAGUGCAAAGACUGUAAAACGCUCCAUUUCCUCCUUAACUGGCGGAGCUCUGAUAGAGAGUGUCACUCUCGUCACAUGGCCUCAGGACGUUACAGAACUGUAGAGGUCAAAGGUUGAUUCCUCUCCUUUUAGCUUAUCCUCUUCUUGGUCAAUAAGGACCCCCACCCCACCCCCCACCUGUAACCCUGCCCACCUACCUUUAGUCCUGACACCACUUGUACAGGUGAAUUAAAAAAAACAAGUUGCUAAAUGUGAAAUGUUACUAAAGAAAAAAAAAACAUAACAGUGGGUUUUAAAGUUUUUGACUAGUUUUAUUAGGUGUUUUAGAAUUGUGUUGAACUUAUCUUUAUCAUUUUUUGUGAAGACAAAAAAAUUCUGAAGAUUUUUUGUUUUUCCAUUGUAGCAGGAUUUGCGUUUCAGAGGAACAGUCAUGGGGGUAGAUAUUUUAAGUUUGUGUAUAAACCUGCCAAAUGUACUUCUUUAAUUUGUAAAGCCUGUGAUGAGAGAACCCAUUUAGUUUUUUUGGAAAUCAUAUGUUUUACAAUAUGGUCAAUCUAUUUAAUUUGGUUGCAGUUUCCACAUCUAUUUAUGAAUGAUAUGAAGUAACGUUUUGGCUAAUUUUUCAUCAGGGUGCAUUAUUAUUAUUAUAAUUAUUGAUCAAACAACAUGAUUAUUAGAAUAAUAAAUAUUUUUUCAGAAAUUGUUGUUGGUGCAAUACAAGUGUACCAGCAUUAGAUUCAUUUUGAGUCACAAAUACUUCUUUUGUUUUCUUUUGUCUGUAAUAAAAUGUUUAAAGUGGA